AUGGCCUUGCAUCUCAUGCUUGUGGAAAAUGUGAAAAAAUGUCUUUGGUCUGGAAAAUGUCUGAGGAAGAAUAUGAAGAAUAUCAUCUAUAAAAUUGGUGAUGCAAGGGAGUUGUUUGAUUCUAUAGCUAGAAAGGGGUAUAGACCUGAUGUUGUUUGCUACACUACUUUAAUCAAUUGUUAUUGCAAGAAUAAAGAAGUCAAUGAAGCUCUUAGUCUUUAUCGGGAGAUGAUUUCAAAAGGAAUUAGGCCUAAUGUGAUUACAUAUACCACCUUGUUAACUGGCUUUUUUCUUAUAGCUAAGGUGAAAGAUGCACAGAAUUUAGUUGGUGAGAUGCGACUUAACAAUGUUUUCCCUGAUUCCUGGACAUAUAACAUUUUCAUUGAUGGACUUUGCAAGAAUGGGUGCGUUUUGGAAGUAUUGGAAAUGUUUAAUGCUCUAGUGAUUAAUAAGUUUGCAGUUGGCAUUGAAGAGCAGAAUCUUGCAAAAGUUCAUCCAGCUGCCCAAAUGCUCUAUAUUGGUUACUGUAAGCAGAAGGUUCAUUGCUGUAACGAUGAUCGUGGAGAUUUGGUCAAUAUGGGAUUUCAAAUUGCCAUUGAAAUCUAUGAAGCAGCAUGGUCUGAAAAUGCACUCGUGUAA